AUGAGUCUAAUCGAUGAGAGCUUCGAAUUGAGGGAGAUUCAGAGGCUUGAAGGCCAUACUGAUAGGGUUUGGAGUCUCGCUUGGAAACCUGCUACCGGAAUAGGUGGUGUACCGGCUGUUCUGGCUUCCUGUAGUGGCGAUAAGACCGUCCGAAUCUGGGAACAGAGUCGCUUAACCGGUUCUUUCGAGUGCAAGGCAGUUUUAGAAGAGACACACACUCGCACUGUUAGAUCAUGUGCCUGGUCACCAUCAGGUAAAUUGUUGGCAACUGGAAGUUUUGAUGCCACUACUGCUAUCUGGGACAAGGUUGGCGAUGAUUACGAAUGCGUGUCCACUUUAGAGGGUCAUGAAAAUGAAGUGAAAAGUGUAUCUUGGAAUGCUUCGGGAUCGCUGCUUGCAACUUGUGGCCGAGACAAAUCUGUUUGGAUUUGGGAAGUUUUGCCCGGAAAUGAGUUUGAGUGUGUUUCUGUAUUGCAAGGACAUACCCAAGAUGUUAAAAUGGUCCAGUGGCAUCCAUCUAUGGAUAUUCUGUGUUCAUGUAGCUACGAUAACACCAUUAAGGUUUGGGCAGAGGAUGGUGACAGUGAUGAUUGGCAUUGUGUGCAGACGAUAAAUGAAUCUAGCGAUGGACACUCAUCUACAGUCUGGGCCCUUUCUUUUAAUUCCAGUGGAGACAAAAUGGUUACCUGUAGUGAUGAUCUCACCAUCAAGAUUUGGGGUGCUGAUAUCAUGAAAAUGCAGUCUGGUGAUGGCAUUGCACCUUGGAAACAUAUCUGCACUCUCUCUGGUUAUCAUGAUCGGACAAUUUUUUCAGCGCAUUGGUCAAGGGAAGGAAUAAUUGCUAGUGGAGCAGCUGAUGAUGCUAUACGUCUAUUUGUUCCAGGCGAAAAUGGUUUGAUUGAUGGACCUACCUAUAAAUUGCUUCUGAAGAAGGAUCAGGCGCAUGACAUGGACGUAAAUUCAGUUCAAUGGAGCUCUGCGGAAAACAGGCUACUUGCUUCUGCAAGUGAUGAUGGGACCAUCAAGAUAUGGGAGUUGGCUCCUCCAUCCGGGAAAUAA